UCGUGUAAUUGCAUUAUGGGAGUUGCAUUUUUAUGUUUCAUCCAAACCACACAUUUUUCUUUCGUUCCGUCAUCUAAAGAACUACAGUUCCCGGUGAUCUUAGCAAAUGUAACCGGAUGUGUGCCGUUCCUGACAUUGCGUAAGGAAGGACAUAAUACAGUGUAACGCCAAAAAGGAAAAUGUCAAGUUUAGCAGCUGGUAGUUGUGAGUCCACCAAGACCCAAGAUGCAGGGGAAAAGAAGCCACUUAAACCCUGCUGCGCCUGUCCUGAGACCAAGAAAAUAAGGGAUGCCUGUAUAAUAGAGAAGGGAGAAGAAAGCUGCAAGGAUCUGAUUGAAGCUCAUAAAGACUGCAUGAGGUCACUGGGAUUCAAAGUCUGAUGAGUGAUCACAAAGAGAAAGCAAGCCUGUGUUUGUGUGCGUUCCUGCUGGCUGGGUGGCUGUGAGAUUCUGGGAUUACCUACUGAAAUAAUUAAUUUCUGCACUGUGGAAGAUUUUGUGUCAAAGAGUGAAAUAAAGAAUAACCAAAUAAAGAAUGUCUCUGGAAUAAAAUAUUUCUAACCAUUUUUUUUCUUGCAUAUUAUUCUGAUAUUUCCUUACAAAAAAUGUUUUAAUAAAAAGAGCUAUCUAAAA